CCGGCCUUACUUCAUCGGGUUAUAAGGUAAUACAUUGUUCAGGUUAUCUGAAAGCGCGUAUAUUUCCUGACUGUGGUGAUGGUCAAGGUGGUUGCAUACAAAAUUUAGGAUUAGUUGCCGUUGGUCACUCGCUGCCUUCAUCUGCGAUAACAGAAAUUAAACUACAUCAGAAUAUGUUCAUGUUUCGAGCUAGUAUGGACUUAAAAUUAAUAUUUCUUGAUGCUAGAGUAUCACAACUUACUGGUUAUGAACCGCAGGACCUUAUUGAAAAAACGCUGUAUCAGUAUAUACAUGUCUCGGAUAUAUUGUAUAUGCGUUGCUCCCAUCAGAUAUUGAUGUAUAAAGGACAAGUAACCACCAAAUAUUAUCGUUUCCUAACAAAGGGCGGCGGCUGGGUUUGGGUGCAAUCCUAUGCGACUGUUGUACAUAAUACACGCUCAUCUCGUCCACAUUGCAUUGUCAGUGUGAAUUAUGUCCUUAGUGAACAAGAGGCCAAAGACUUACUUUUAAAUGAAAUUCAAACGGGCAUAGUUAAAACGGAACCAAUCACUCCUACCGCAAGUAUAACACCAACCUUACAUGCAGUACACUCAACUCCUUCACAUUCUGUGGUUAUGAGUAAUGGAUUAGCAGCAGCUAGUGUCGUACCAAAUACGCUGAGUUGCAGUCCUAAGCUGGAAGCUUGUUACGAGGCAGCUGGACGUUUACCGAAUGCUGUAACACCAGUAUUAGCCAGUAAUAGCAAUGGAAGCAAUAACAAUAACAGUUACUUACCGCAAACCCAUCAACAUAUACAACACGCCCACCACGCUGCGCACAUACAUACGCACUCACUGCAUCCACAAGAAACAGUUGGACAUGAAAAUCUAAGCUAUACACAGCUAUAUCCUGUUAAUGAUCUCGUAGUUAGUUCCAGUAGUAGUACAUUAACACAUGAUAUACAAUUUCCUGACACUACAACAGGUAGUGGCUACUACGGUAAUACCAAUAAUAAUAAUAAUCCAUAUUAUUAUGAUGCAACUGUGGAUGUGGCGAAUGCUUCUAUUAUACGACCAUAUUCCGCAAAUUCGAAUAGUUGUUCUAGUAGUUCGGAGAGUGAUCGACAAAUGUCAACCGGGAAUGCCUCCACGGUGAACGACACAUCACCGCAAACUACGUACAGUGAACUAAGUCAUAAUUUUGAAUUAAAUUAUUUCUCCGAUAGCAGUUCACACCAGCAUACACAUCACGCCCCGCAGCAUUAUUCACACGCCCAUCAGCACACGUCACAUGAUAUGCAACAGCACAUAGCAAGCAAUCAUACCGCAACACCACAUCAGCAACAUCACCACCAACUACAUCAUCAUACACAACAACAACAGCAGCAGCAACCCGAACAACAUCAUCCGCACGUUGUGGCUAACAGUUUCGCCGAUAGCUUUAAGAACGUCAACGGACCCCAUUACACCAGCGUCAUUGUGGAGCCCCAGCACUAUAUAGCCAAUGAUUUUGUGCAUUAGCAGCUGCUGUUCGCCUGCAGAAGCCUUUAGUGUUCAUAUAAAUAUUAUAUUAAUACGUUGUUGUUGUUGCAAUGCUAGAUUUUAGUUUGUUCGUACAUGGCUGAGCCAUUUUUAUUUUUGAAAUA